CCCUCCCCCUCCCCCUCCGCCCCAGCCUCUACCUGCACCUCUCCGUCUCAGAAGAGUUGGUGGCAGUAAGACGCCGGCAGCCUCAUUAAAAAAAGACGUACCCAUGCAGAUAACACUCCAGGACCUCCUAAAUGUGAAACUAAAGAAGGCCCAAAGCGGCAUGGGGAUAGACAAGAGGAGAUCGCCGUUUGAGAGGCGCAAGGCAUUAAUUACCCUCUCCGACUUGCAAAGCAUCAAUCUGAAAUCCAAAGCCCCAGGACCACAAGCUCGGGUUACAAGUCACUUGAUCACUCCUAGCAGAAGCAGCUUAGAUUUCCGGAAACACUUGAGAAAAGUCGCUAUUGAGAGGAGCCCAGGAGGAACCCCGUUAAGCAACAAAGAGAACAUGGAGACUGGCACAGGACUUACACCCAUCAUGACCCAGGCUCUGCGGCGCAAGUUUCAGUUGGCUCACCCAAAGAGUCCUUCUCCAUCUCUGUUGCCUAAAGGAAGCAGCUUUGAGGAGCAAAGUUAGCAGCGCGUCUCCUGCCUACCUGCAGUUCCCCAUGCUGGUUUUCUGGCCUCUGCUGAUGGGCACUACUAAUGUGGAAGGAAUUUAUUUUUCAAUAAAAUACACUGGGAGCAGGGAGGGGAGAAGAAAGGAUGAUCUUCAUCGUCCUUUAGAGCAGAGCUCACCAUCCCCAGGUGAAACACACAAAGGAAAGACAGUAUUUUUCCCCCCCAGCCUACAUGCUGAUUUUUAUUUCUUUACUGCAGAGAUAGGGAAGUUGUGGCCCUCUGGAUUUGUUGAACUAUGAUUCCCAGCAGCAUCCAGAGAGCAUCCCUCCUUGCUUAACACCAUACUGGCAAAUAUGAGGUUAUCACUAUAAAACACCUUUAGCAUAUAAAAACCUGCAUGGGGAAUUGGGCAUUCCUAACCUUGUUUUAUUUGUAACUUACUUGAAAUGUUUAUAUAUAUAUUUUUAAUUUACUAUUUUAAAGAAGAUUUGGGGAGAGAAACAUUUUUUUAAACUCCCAAGUUCUUAAAACUCAGAAGGGUGGCAGUUAAUCUUGGAAAUUUCAUCUAAAGUGGAUGUGUACACAUGAAUUUGUGUAUGUUUUCUCCAUAAUGAAGAAUACCUUGUUACCUUCUCUUAGAGGGGGAAGUAUAUGUUUUCCUCAAUAAGGGAAAAUGCCCCUUUCUCUGAGGGGGAAAAGUGAAUUGCAGAGGAGGUCUAACAUGCCUUUGUACCGGAAGAGGCUGAAUGUUCAGCAAACCUCAAAUGAGGUUUUUGCUUCUGGUUUGAGAUCCUGAUGCAUGUUGAGUCGUUCCUGACACCCUCUUGGUCUGCUGAGAGAGAAUGAGGUUCUGCCAUGCCGGAAGAGGAUGGAAUCAUCGGCUGGUCAUUCAAACACUCCUUAAACAAUGUGAGUAGCACCUAGAGCUAUUUACAGAGUGUACCACUAUGUACAGAUUGUAUCUGUAAGAUGGAGACUAGGUUCUGGUUGAAGAUGACAGCUAUUGUUUUCAAAGUGCUGACGAUGCUGUGAAAGUGGCUUGUCUGCGGGGGUACAGACUUCUCAUCGGUCCUGCUCUCUUCGGUCAGACUGGGUUUUGAAGAACUCCAGAACUUGUUUAACUGGAGAUUCAUUGAACAGAGGAAAGCUAUUGAAAAAGCCACAGCAGCUCAUCUAAAAAGCUGUAUUGGCAAUCUGAAGAAUUUAUUGUUUGCCUCGAGUCUGCUUGCAAGUGCAUUAAAAGGCAAAGUAAAUUUGCAGGACCCAGAAAGGAAGCUUCAUCUCAUUAGUUUUCCAGGGCCGUUGACAUGCUGCUUUCGCAUCAAGCCCAUGAGCAGCUCAAAAGGGCGCCAGCAUCAAAUUGCCUUGGCAGUGGAAUGGAAGGAAAUGCCUUAACUAGAUAGCAAUCCUUUCAGUUCAGACGCUGUGGUAACCAACUCUUGGUCUCCUUUAGAUGCAGUUGGGUUAGAUCUACACCGUACAUGUAAAGCACAGGUGCUUCCAAAAAACACAAAGAAUUCUGGGAAUUGUAGUUUACCCCCACAGAGCUAUUGUUCCCAGUAGCACAGUUCCCAAGAUUAUUUGUGAGAAGCAAUGUGUUUUAAAUGUAUGGUGUACAAUGUGGCCUUAGUGUUUUGCAGGGAUAUUGUGAGCAUAUGUACGUUGUUGAAGUGCCCUGGGACAAGUGGCGCCAGUUUUCUCCUGAUAUGCCUAGGAUACAUUCCUGUGUAGCUUGGAAUCUUGGAGAUUGUUCGUCUGUGCAAGGACAGGGGCCUUUUAAGAGCAUCGUCACAAAAGUUCCCAGGGAGAAGCUUUUAAAAAAAUUGUGUGUGUGUGUGUGAAGCUUUGUAGAACAAGGAUCUGGACCCUGCGGUCCUGCCAGACAGUGUUGGACUACAACACCCAUCAUUCCAGACCAUUGGUUAAGCUGCCUGUGGAUGAAGGGAGUUGGAAUCUAGUGACACCUGGAGGACCAUAGGCUCCCCAGCUCCACUGCAGAGUAAACAGACACUGUCCAUCUGAAACAUGGAGCGUUCCAGAAAAAAGAUUGAACCUUUUAUGCUAAGGUAGAGAUGGCCAGUAGGCUAAAGUGUUCCUAAAUGUACACGUCUACAUAUGCAUGCUGCAUUAUACAGCUGUAACCCAGCUCACCUAGUUACAAUUAUUUACAAGUUUACACUGUGUUUCUGCAUCCGUUUCUUACCCAUUACUCAUUUUAUUGCUGUUUGUUACGUGUGUCCAUUCAAUCGCUUUGCUGCUUACCUCCUGCACAUUUCAAAGACAAAUAGCUUCUGUAGCUACCUGUGGCACAUUUUGGAGCAACUUGAAACUAUAUAUUGUAAAGCAGCGCGGACUGAAAUCAGUUCAAUAAAAAAAGAAUAUGGCAA